UCCGGUUGGGCUCCAAAGGGCCGCAUCGCAAGUGCCCCACCCGCACACACACACACACACACACACACAGCUCAGAUGCAUCCCGUUUGCUUGACUGGAGCCACGUUGGGUGCCGGUGCUCAUACGUCUUCCUGCCCAAGACCCACCACCUCGGCUAAUAGCAAAGCAGUUGUAAGAAUGCACCAAUAAUCCUGGGGUUGAAUGUCGAACGCGACAGUGUGUCCACUGCAUUGCAGAAGCAGCUCCUCAUCUAGCCGGCAGCCAUCGUGACUCACGUUGUCUGCGAGUUUCGAACGCGUCACUGGGUAUUGUCGCGAUGCCGUUGUUUCUUUGGUCCGAGCAAGAAAUCACCUCUCCAUCCCCGAGGGCGCAUCCUCGGAGAGGAGCUCCCGCGCUGCUGCGACCUCGGCGGCGUCAUACCCCCUCCAACCGCGGUCUUGCCCACUGCUGUGUCGGACAAUCUCGGCCAACUUGGCUGUGGCCAGUUCAUUCAGCCGCUCAAUGGUGUUGGAAUCUGGGAGAGGGAAGUCUUCAUCGUCAGACUGCUUUGCCGGCUUGGCAUUGUCCUUCAACAAUCUCUUUGUGACCUGGAAAAGGGGUCAGCAAUCAUAUUGUCUUGGCAGUUCCAACGGCAUAUCUAACCAGUUUCAAGCCAUAAUAACCUCGCAGAUAAUUGUCGCACAACUCAAUGCUGCGCGAGAAACGCUUGAUGGCCUCUGCCAUCUGCUUCUGAUAGGGUGCACCGGUGGCACCCGAAGCAGUGGCGGCCAUGUAUUGCAGUUCGCCUAGUCGGGCAUGUACCUGAAGGGGACCCGUUAGCAUAGGGCUUAGACUGUUUCACCGUGGCAUUGCGUACAUUCCAUGCGUUUGGAGCCAGGAUCAGGACCUCUUCCAUGGCGUAGAUCGCUUGUGGGUACAACCCCUGAGAAAAGUAGAGAUCCGACAGCUCAGACCAAGCCUCGGAAUCGGUCGGGGAGAAAUCAAGAAGCUGCACCAGGGCUGAGCCCGCAUCCGAGAGGCGGCCCAUGGAUCGAAGGAGGGCAAUACGUCUCUUCAUGAUAGGCUGUGGAGACGGGAUUAGUUCCUGGCCAAUCUUGGAUGGAUAGCACAGCAGGAAGGGAAAGUGUGGUUCACGAACGAGAUUGGUGUUGUUCUCCUCGAGCAUCUGGUCGUACUCCUUCAGAACCUUUUCCAACUCGCCAUUAUUUUGGGCCUGGGCCUCCUUGAUGAGCCCUCCCAGCGCCUUGACUCGGUCAUUGUUUCCGAAACGAGCAGCAAGUCGAUCGUAGCAUUCUUGUGCCGCCCUGUCGUCGCCAGUUCGGAGACAGGAAAGAAUCAAGUUCUCGUAUUGUAUCCAUAGCUCGGGCUUCUCGGUGGCGGAAAACAAUGAACCCAGGGCGGAUGAUGACACGGUGCUCGGAGAGGUCUGGAGGACGACAGGAGCUUGCUGAGAGAGGGCCAAUGCCUCGGCCGGUGGCAGCUGGACCGGCGAGCGGAUGAGGGACGGUGCCAUUGAUUCGAUUAGAUUAGAUUAGAUAUUCGGUGGGAAUGUGUCUUGGAUAGGGUCGGGUCUGUUGUUGAAUGUGUUGUCGUUGGGUUGACGAUUGAUGAUGGAAUUCAGGAACACAGAAUGUAACAAACCACUUGACGACGGGAUGGGAUGUGGAGAGUGGGGACCUCUAAUAACCGCCAAGACCUUCAUGUGGUUCAGAGCUCGGGCCUUCCCUGUCAGUUUUGGCCGCGGUGGGAGCUUGUUCCGCCCCGAAUACAGUGCCAGGCCGGGUUCCCUGCCCGCUGGAAUGCACUGUAUGGUGACGUGCGGCCAACCCACCUUGGGGCCACCUGGAGGUGCAACGACAGCAUCAGACUGCCCUGGAACUUUGUUGAGAGUUGCGCAAGCCCACGAAACACUGCGCAGAAUCGCCUGCGAGCUGAUUAACGACGACCAAACCAAGAUGCCCUCUACGAAUCUUGCCAUCCCUACAUCGUCCCUCCUUCACAGAUCCUACAAGGCUCCUUUCCGCCGCUGAAGCCCGCGACAACACAACACGGUGCCCCCUGCAUCCCCGCCAUUCAAUCCCGAAUCCAGGAACCGCGGAUCGUCGAGCUAAGCUUCGCGAUAUUCAACCUCGAGUCUUCCCACGCAGGCGCAUACGAAUAAGGUAUUGGACAUAUACACCUUUGACAUCACAAAACCACAGCCAUGUUCGAGAAAUCACUGUACGACCUCAUUAGAGGUCUGCGCAAUCACAAGGGAAACGAGAAGGAAUACCUUCAAAAUUGUCUGAAAGAAUGCCGGUCUGAAAUAAGAAGCCCAGAUAUGGACCUCAAGGCCACUGCCUUGCUCAAAUUAAUCUACCUUGAGAUGAACGGCCACGACAUGUCCUGGGCCUCCUUCCACGUACUGGAGGUUAUGUCGUCGCAAAAAUACCACCAGAAGCGAGUUGGAUAUCUGGGGGCUGUCCAGAGUUUCCGUCCCGAUACCGAUGUCCUGAUGAUGGCUACAAACUUGCUGAAGAAGGACCUCGCUUCUUCCCACCCGACGACAAUAACACUUCCGAUCGUCGCGCUGCCACAUCUAGUAACCCCGUCAUUAGCUCUCUCACUGCUAGGGGAUUUGCUACCACGACUCACCCACUCCCACGCGUCCAUAAAAAAGAAGACAGUGGUCACUCUUUACCGACUAGCACUGGUUUAUCCCGAGGCGCUACGUGCAGCAUGGCCCAAGAUCAAAGAGCGGUUGAUGGACAAGGACGAGGACCCGAGUGUGACGGCUGCUAUUGUCAACGUGGUGUGUGAGCUGGGAUGGAGGAGACCGCAGGAUUUCCUCCCGCUGGCACCGCGGCUGUUUGAAUUGCUGGUGGAUGGCGGGAAUAACUGGAUGGCCAUCAAGCUCAUUAAACUUUUUGCGACUUUGACUCCCCUCGAGCCUCGCCUGGUCCGAAAGCUGCUGCCGCCAUUAACCAACCUCGUCAAAACUACACCUGCCAUGUCUCUCCUGUAUGAAUGCAUUAACGGUAUCAUUCAGGGUGGCAUUUUGGGUGACGGUGAAGAUUUCUCUGCCCGGGAAGAAGUUGCCUCACUAUGCGUGUCCAAGCUCAGGGGCAUGGUGUCAUUCUACAGUGACCCGAACUUGAAGUAUGUUGCUCUGCUGGCCUUCAACAGGAUUGUCACCACUCAUCCAAUGCUUGUUGCCCAACAGGAAGAUGUUAUCCUGGAAUGCAUUGACAGCGCGGAUAUCUCCAUCCGAAUCAAGGCACUUGACCUCGUGCAAGGGAUGGUCAGCAGUGACAACUUGCUGUCCAUUGUCAGCCGGCUGAUGAGGCAGCUCAAAGCCUCGUCGAGUGCUCUGGCACAGCAACAAGACGGACAAGAGGAUCUGGACGACUCCAGUGAAGAUGGUUCUGGACGGCGUGCCAAGUCACAAGAGCAAACGGCCCCUUUGCCAGACGACUACACCAUCGACGUGAUCGGUCGGAUACUGGGCAUGUGCUCUCAGAACAACUACGCUAACGUGAUCGACUUUGACUGGUAUAUCGAUGUCCUGACCCAGCUCGUCCGCAUUGCUCCGCCUCCGAGCCCUCGGGAUCUCGACUCGGACAGUUCUUCGUCACCCAAGUCAGUCGAUAUCUCGGAGAGGAUUGGAAACGAACUCAGGAACGUGGCCGUAAAGGUCAAAGCUGUGAGGCCUGCUGCUGUGCGCGCUGCAGAGUUGAUUAUCUCGCGUCUCAGCACUGACACGGUUUCUUCACGGCCAGUGGUCACUGGCGCCCUGAAGCCGUUGGCAUUUGUGGUGGGAGAGUACGCUUUCCAGCUCUUGUCACCUGACAAUACGUUGAGGAACAUGCUUGGUCUCGUGCCCCGAGUUGACUAUCCUGAGGGGUUGGCAACAUGCCUCCAGUCGAUUCCCAAGCUUUUUGCCCAUGUUGCCGGGGAUGAUCGGGCGUUGUGGACCCCCGAGAGAAAGUCAUCACUAUCGUUGCUGAUGGCGCGGGUUAUUCACAUACUCGAGCCAUUUGCGCUACAUCCUUACCUAGAAGUCCAGGAACGAGCGGUCGAGUUUAUUGAGCUUCUCAGACUCACCGCCGAAGCCGCGUCUGGACAAGCGCCAUCCACAGACGAGAUUCAGCAAGACGCACCUUUGCUUCUUACACAGGCCAUUCCAUCACUGUUCACGGGAUGGGAGCUGAACUCGGUCGCACCGGGGGCGCAGUACAAUGUCCCUAUCCCAUCAGGACUGGACCUUGACGAGCCCAUUCAUCCCAACUUGGGCAGCCUGCUUUCACAGGCAGACUCGCUGAUGCUUCCUACACAGGGUGAUGAUGAGUUUGAGGUGUAUUACAACCAGCGCCCAGCGCCAACCAGCAUCUACAGCGGCCCUGCCAUCGAGAGGCUGGUUGAUGCCACAGAAGAAGUCGGCAGUUCCUACCAGCAAGCAGGAGAGGAAAGUUACCUCGACGCGGACAUUGUUGCGAGGAGAAAGGCGGAGAGGAGGGAGCGUAACAAGGAUGAUCCGUUUUACAUUCCGGACACGUCAUCAAGCCGCACGGGUACCUCGACACCAAUUCACAACAUUCUCCAAAAAGAAAACGGGCCGGAUCUCGACAUUGACGCCAUCCCAAUCAUGUCACUUGAUUUGGAGAAACUUUCCGUCUCGGGGCCGUCCAGGCAUCAACAAUCUCAACACCCGCGACAAGCCCGCCAGAAGAUUGUCAUUGAAGCGGACGAAACGCUCGGUGGUAGUGGUGGCAAUAGCGGUGUCUCUACUCCUGGGGGUGCUGCUCGUCCGGGCUAUGACUCGGAGAAUAACUCUGAUAGUUUUAAUCUCUCCAAGACGGCCAAGAAGCCUAAGCAGAAGAGUCUGUUGCAGUUUAACUCUAGCGUGCUGGGCGGGUUGAGCUUGACGGAUGAGCAGAGGCCGGACGAUGGGUUUGCGCACGAGAGGCAGCAGAAGGAGGAGGCGGAGAUGGCGCUGGCGAUGAAGGAGGUGCAGAGGUUGAGGUUGGAGAUGCAGAGGGCGAAUGAGAGGAUUCAAGUUGCGCAGGGGGUGCCGAGCGAGGGGGUGGCGGUUGUGAAGAAGAAGAAGAAGAAGACAAAGACGGUUUUGAAGGCGGAUGAGGGGGAGGAGGGGGUGGUGAAGAAGAAAAAGAAGAAGGUUGAGGGGGGAGGGGGGGAGGGGGGGGUGACGAAGAAGAAGAAGAAGGCGGCGAGGGUGGUGAAGUUGGAUGAAGGGGAUGGCCCAGAUGGGGAGUAG